AUGAUAAGAUUAAUUAGACCUCGUAUAUGUCUAAAUAAACCUUUAGUGCCGUGUUUUAGGUUCACUCAAUCAUCUUUACUCAAAUUAAGAUCAAAAUAUGGAUCUUCAAAAUUCUUUUAUUCAACAUCACCACCAUUAUCAAAUUCUACCAUCAACCCAACACAAAGAACCACCACCACAAAAUCAAGAUCAAAUAGAUACAAAAAACUAUUUAUAAUAGGAAUAGGUAUAGGUUUAACAGGAACAAUUUUUUUCUAUACAAAUGAUAAAUUUAAACAUUCAAUCUUAACCAUUGAUAGAGUUGGUGUAGUUGUUUUAGCAAUGACUAGAUGUUUUGCAUUAUAUAAAGAAACAUUGGGGAAAGAAUUUUCAACUCCAGAAGAAAGACAACAAGCAUUAUCAAAAACUCAUAAAAAAGCAGCCACUAUAACCCUAAAAGCAUUAGAAAAAAAUGGAGGUAUAUAUAUAAAAUUAGGUCAACAUUUAUCUGCAUUAACUUAUUUAUUACCACCAGAAUGGACUGAAACAAUGAUACCAUUACAAGAUAAAUGUCCAAGAUCAUCAGUUGAAGAAAUUGAAAAAAUGUUUGAAACAGAUUUAGGUUUAAAAUUAUCUGAUAUUUUUAUUGAAUUUGAUCCAAAUCCUAUUGGAGUUGCAAGUUUAGCACAAGUUCAUAUAGCAAAAUUAAGAAGUAAUGGAGAAAAAGUAGCUGUAAAAGUUCAACAUCCAAGUUUAAAAGAAUUUGUUCCAUUAGAUGUUGAAUUAAUUAAUAUGGUUUUUAAUUUAAUGUAUAAAGUAUUUCCAGAAUAUCCAAUGACUUGGUUAGGUGAAGAAACUCAAAAUUCAAUAUUUACUGAAUUAGAUUUUACAAAAGAAGCUGAAAAUUCUAAAAGAACAGCUGAACAUUUUAAAAAUUUUGAAUUUUUAAAAAUUCCAAAAAUUAUACAAGAUAAUAAAAGAAUUUUAAUUAUGGAAUAUGUUUCAGGUGCAAGAUUAGAUAAUUUAAAAUAUUUGAAAGAUAAUAAUAUAGAUCCAUCAAAAGUAAGUACUUGUUUAACACAUAUAUUCAAUGAUAUGAUCUUCACACCAGAUGUAGGAUUACAUUGUGAUCCUCAUGGUGGUAAUUUAGCAAUAAAAUCAACACCUGAAAAAAAAGGUGGUUAUAAUUUUGAAAUUGUAUUAUAUGAUCAUGGAUUAUAUCGUGAUAUCCCAUUACAAAUUAAACGUGAUUAUUCACAUUUUUGGUUAGCUGUAUUAGAUAACGAUGUUCCAAAAAUGAAAAAAUAUGCAAAAUCAUUAGCUGGAAUAGAAGGUGAACAAAAAUUUAAAAUUUUUAUAAGUGCAAUAACAGGUAGAACUCCAGAAGCUGUAUUAAAUAAUGAGAUAAAAAAGAAAAGAUCAGCAAAUGAAGUAUUUGAAAUUCAAUCACAAAUAAAUGAUGAUAAUUCAGGUAUAUUAGAAGAUUUAAUGGAUAUUUUAUCAAAUAUGCCAAGAAUGAUCUUGUUGAUUUUAAAAACUAAUGAUUUAACAAGACAUUUAGAUGAAAAUUUACAAUCUGAUUUGGGGCCCGAAAGAACUUUUUUAAUAAUGGCAAAUUAUUGUGCAAAAAAUGUUUAUGAUGAAAAAAAUGAUAUUAUAAAUACACAAGAUAAAGGUAUAAAAUGGGUUAUAGAAAGAAGUUUAAAUUGGUUUGAUUAUCAUAAAAGAUUGGCAUCUUUAUUUAUUUAUGAUAUAAUUUUAAAAUUUCGAAAUUUUAGAUUAAAACUUUAG